AUGGAUUCUAACGAGCAAAUACUACUGGCCCAGCGUCCCAAUCUCGGGAGUCUCCCAAGUCUCCCUGAUCUGUGGACCAAGGCGGACGACUGGACAGGUGUGACGAGCACGGCCCAGAGGAAGAAAUUGCAGAAUCGGUUGAACCAAAGAGCAUGGCGAAGAAGAAAGAACCUGACUAAAGAAGACUCCCGUGAUGCCGUGCCCGGGGCUUGGCAGAAUUCUGCCCCCUCGCUAUAUUCAAGGGAACACGAAAUUGACAGCGUCGGAGCGGGCCUUCUGCUUCCAGUUCGACCAGACGAGGCAUCCACCCUCAAGGCCUUUUUUCAGCAGGCUUACACGGAGUACGCUCUCAAGUCUCUAAGACUAAGCACCCUGCCGUUUUUGAUCAGGAUCAACGUCCUCGACGCCCUCGCACGCAAUGCUGCCCUCUUGAAUAUAUCUUCAAUAGGCCUGUGUAAUGUCGAUCUCAUAUCACUAUUCAACCUCCCUGGUCCGUCACCUCCGGAGGACUCAUAUGGGUGUUAUCCAAGGACGUUGCAGCCCACAUCGCUGCAGCGCAGCGUCACCCACCAUCCUUGGAUCGACCUUCUGCCAUUUGCUGCCCUACGAGACAACAUGCUCCGAUAUAUGGCACUAGGUUUGCUCAGUGAUGACGAGCUUUGCGACGAUAUCCUUGGCGUGAGAGACGAUACGCUGAGUGGUAGUGCCGCCAUGAUUGUAUGGGGCGAGCCUUCAGAUUGGAAUGCUUGGGAGAUCAAUGCUGCAUUUUUGCGUAAAUGGGGGCUUUUGGUACAAGGAUGCCCUGAGAUUAUUGUGUCUACCAACAAAUGGAGAGCUCGGAGGGGUGAGAAAGCGAUCGUCUAUAGAGAGUAA